GUAAAGAAAAGGCUAAAACUUCUACUGGCAGCGUAAUAAUAUUUAUUGUUUUUCAAUUUAUUUAUUUUAAGAAGUAAAUUUGUUAGUUUUGUAUAUGUUUACUAGCUUAAUAAUUUGGUUAAAAACGUGUGUCAUUUAACGCGCAAUUUUACUCGAACCCUCUAGUAAGAAAAAAAAAACAUACAUAAAGUAAUAGUAUUUAUUAUUCUAUCAACUGCUAUGUAAUAUGUGAUUAUAGUUCGAAAAUGUAAACAAAAUUAAGAUGGGAAGGUCAAAAUUCCCAGGAAAACCUAGCAGGUUGGUAAUGAAGGAUAGAGUUCGUGUUCUGGUUAAAAAUGAAAGCCCCAGGAAACUAAACAAAAGAAAAAGGGAAAACUGUUCUUCAUGCAACAACAUUGUCAAUUGUGAUACGAAGAAGAAAAAAACUUUAUUUGAAAAUGUUCUACCAAUCAAGAAAACUGUUGGUAGCGCGCAGUCCAAUACAGCAAGCUUUUCAAAAUCUCUACAAGAAACUACAAAUGACAUCCUGGAAAGAAAUUGUGAUCACAAUUUCCAACGUAAGAGCUUUUUGAGUGAUCUGAGUCAACACAAAAACAAAACGUUGCAUUUAACCGAACAAUGUCGCGUGUCCCCAACAUAUGUCGGAAAUGUGAACCCGAAAGCUACGGACAAAAACAAUCAUCAAACAAAAAAAACUGUUACAUUCAAAAACAUUCUGGAAACAAGUGACGAUAAACUUUUAUCUAGAAGCAUUCACAAUCCUCUAAAUAAAGGACCACUGGUUUCUAUAAUGAAAAAAAAAUGUAUCAAUUCACAUCAUUACAUACCUCGGAAGAAUAAAAUAGUCCGCCCUUCUCGACUUACAAGGAUUCUUAAAAAUAAUGCGAACAUUGACAAGACUAAAUUUUUAAGUUUUCGCUCUGUUCAUAUGCCAAUGUUGUAUGAGUCCAAAAAACAAUUAGAUGAACAGAAUGCAAAUUACAGCUCCGCAUGCAAAAUAUAUCUCACGGUCACAGAUGGAAAAAAGAAAGAACCCAAAUUAAAAAAAAGAAAUGAUACUGCCGAAAACUCUGAAAAGAUGACCAAUACCGAACGUUAUAAUCAAUUGACGGAGAAAUGGAAUCAACAUACUUUAGAACACCAUAAGGACAACUGUGAAAUUGCAGCACCCAAUAAAGAAGUCAAACAACUUGCAAAAAAAAAGGAAUAUGCAUCUGAUGGUCAAAUUAUAUUAAGGCAACCUCGUUUAAUAUUUGAAAGCCAAGAAGAUAUCUCCUUAGAUUAUCAUCAAAAGGUGUCAAUUGGUUAUACUCAUGCUUAUCAAAAAGUAUCAAACGAUAAGACCGUACCAACGUGUGGAGAUACUGUGAAGUACAACAAUGCAGAAUGUGGAGUUUGCUGUGCAACACUGGAUUAUGGAAAUGUUAAACAGGGUAGCAAAUACAGCAUAACAUCAUGUGACCUUUGCAGAACUUUUAUAUCCAAAAUGCAAAAGAAUACGGAUUCUACAUCUCUAAAUUCUUCAAAACCUCUUCAAAUCCAAUGUCUUAAAACCGAAGGAGAAUGUUUGGUAUCAUCUUUAUCAAAAAUCGGUUCUUAUAGUGUUAAGGAAAUAAGUAAUGGAAGGUGUUCCGCAUGUUGGUUAAAAGAAUGCAUUAAGUCAUUCCAUUUUCCCUCAGGGCAUAAUUUGCGCCUUAGUUCUUUGAUAGCAGAAGCUCAUAAUAAGGACAUAAAUUCGAUCAAUAAAUCUGAGGAGACGUUAAAUUUUAGCAGAAAAAUUGAUUUGAGGCAAAAAUGUGCAACUGGUUCUCGGACGAUCUUCAAUUGGCAGGGGAAUUUGUUAGCAAACAAGAUGCAUGAAUCUCCACAACAGAAAACGGUGGAUACAAAUUUUAUUGAAAACAUAGUCAACGAUCAUGUACAAUCGUUGUUAUUUUCAAAAGCAACACCAAGCUACGAUGUGGAUCCCACACUGAAUACGGGUUCAAUUCCUACAUCAGAUUAUCCUAGAAGACAAAAGAUUGCCUUCAAAGGACCGAGAGUAAAACAUGUUUGUAGAAGUGCUUCGAUUGCAUUAGGUCAACAAAUGGCAACAUUUUCAAAUGGUAAUGACGAAGCUUUAUCACUUUUGCAUUGCAGUUCGGAAAUAGAAAAUGGAUUUACUGAUGACUUAUCACAAUCGUUGACCGAUAGUAGACAAAUACAAACAAAAUAUGAAGUAAAAGGAAAUGAUUGUAAAAAUAAUUAUCUUAAUGUUUUCAACAAAAAAAUAAAUACGUGUAAAAGUUCCAUUAAAGUAGACACGGAUAAUCAGGAAGACGCAGGAAAAAAAUGUAUGAACGAUCAGGAGAACUUAGACCGUCAAUGCUUUGGAAUUAACAAUGCAAUAAACGAUCAGAACCAUUCUGAGCCGAAAAGAAAUUCGUUAUGUAUUGGAAAAGGACGACGCGAAAAAAAAUCUAAAAUGAUUUUGAUUGAAUUUUGGAAUACCUACGUUCCAGCUGAGGUUAACCAAACUGGUUUUGGAUUAAUAUUGACAAAACCUUCAUCAGCAUCUGCGCUAUGUUUCUUAUGCGGCAGUAUGGAUCUAAUCAACUUACUAUUUUGUGUAUGUUGUUGUGAGCCUUAUCAUAGUUACUGCAUUCAAGAAGCAUUUACUGAAAAUUCUGUGUUUAUUGAUAAAAAAGAUGUAACUAAUCAAUUUUUAAAUCAACUAAACUGGAUUUGUCCCCGCUGCACAGUUUGUGAAACCUGUAAUAUGUCUUCAGGUACUAAAAUUAAAUGUCAAAAAUGUAGAAAAGACUAUCAUAAUACAUGUUUGGGAACAUCAAAAGGACUACUUGGAGCUGAUCGUCCUCUUAUAUGUAAAAGUUGCCUCAAAUGUCAGUAUUGUUCAACUUCAAAAGUCUCUAAAUAUGUUGGCAACCAACCAACAUGUGUUCAAUGUUUUGUGCAGAGAAGAUCCUCUAGUACCUGUUCACUUUGCCAGAAGUGUGUUGAUAGUGUUUCAGAGAUUGUAAUACUAGAUUGUGUAAUUUGUAAAGAAUUCAUACAUGCAAAAUGCGAAGGUCUUACUGAAGAAGAAACUAACUUAUGCAGUAGUAUAUCGGACGAUAUAAAAUUUGUAUGUAACAAAUGCGCUAUCUCUAAUUAUAAAUCUAAAACACUUUCAAAGCAAUGGAAGGAAGCUAUAAGCAAAGAGCUAAAAUCUAGAUUACUUCUGGUAUUGAAACUAUUAAGUAAGAGUCGCGUAGCAGAUUUACUUAAAAAAUCUAUACAAAAUUGUUUUAAUUGUAAUUUUGCUAAGGUAACCAAAAAUCAUCAUAAAACAGAAUAUUUAAAUGAAUAUAAUAAGUACAAAUCAAACAAUAUUAUCGGAUCAAAUUAUCUGGCAGAGUGCUUAUGUUCUCAAAGCAACAACCCACAACAAGCAAACAAUUCUCUAAGCUUACUUGAUAUCAAGAAAAAAAUUUUAAAUGGAGAAUAUUUGUCAUUAUACGAUUUUAAUUCUGAUAUGCAAGAAGUAAUCUCUCAAUUGAAAAACGAUGAGUUAGUCUUAAUUUAUAAAGAGAUUAUAAGCGAAACAUUUUCAUGGUUUCAAAACGAAACAAAAUCUUGCACAGACGCACUUGAGGAAGAUAUGUUUGAUUUCUCCAAUUAUUCUUUCCAAGCUGAAAAUAUAAUAACGGAAAAUGAAAACAUGUUAAAUAAAGUAUCAUUUUCUAUUCCUAAAGAAAAAAUAUUCACACUUUUGAAGCAAAAUAUAGAUUCCAGAUUUUGUGUUUUUUGCCAUAAAGAGGGUGAUGCGGACACUUUAAAAGAAUCACGUCUUCUCUAUUAUGGAUUUGAUUCUUGGGUUCAUGUAAACUGUGCCUUGUUGUCUAAAGGUGUGUAUGAAGAAAUCGACGGUUCAUUACAAAAUGUUCAUCAAGCCUUUAUUAGAGGGAGAUUAACAAGAUGUACUGUCUGUAAGAACUCCGGGGCAACUAUUAAGUGCAAUGUCAAAACAUGUUGUAAUUAUUAUCAUUUCAACUGUGCAAAAAAAACUGAGUGUUUAUUUGAAUUUGAAACAUCAAUAAUUUGUCCACUACAUAGCAUGGGCUACGAAAAAAAAAAAUAUUUCGAUGAGUACCCACGUGUCUCUCGGCCUUUGCACAUUGAGUGCAAUAAAUCGCACAGUAGGUUCGUAGAACCAUUUAAGGCUCAAUUUAUUCUAGGAUCUCUUUCUGUCUUACAGCUUGGUACCAUAAUCCUACCAUUUUCAGACACAGAAGAAGCUAUUGUUCCAAUAAAUUUUGUGUGUACACGAUUAUAUUGGUCGAUUAAGGAACCAUGGAAAGUAAUCAAAUAUCGAGUGCGGACAUCAAUUCAAAAUAAUUCAAUAUCAAAAAAUAAUACACAUGAAAUAAACUUUACCGUUGAUCAUACAAAACAGAGACAUUUAGUGGAAAAGGAUAUGGCUCAAAUAUCAAACUGGCACAACACACUAAUUCAAAAUGAUAACUUAAAAACUUCAUUAAAAAAAGAGCACAAUUUUUUAAAUCAUCUAAGAUUUUCAAUGAAUGCUGAAUACCGAAAUGAGAAUCCCUUAGCCUCAUGUAUAGAAGAAGAGCCACAAAACAAUACAAAUUUAUUGCCCCCAGAGAUUGAAGAUGCUAUUUUUGAAGACUUACCAAGUGAUGUUCUUGAAGGGAUUUCCAUGUUGGACAUAUUUCCGAAGUUAAUGAUCCACGAACAUUUGGAAGACUUGGGGGGGAAAACAAAAAAAAAAAAAAAAAACUACUCAUUCCUACCCUCGAUUGAUUAUAAUAGCUCUAUGACAAAACAAGAUAUUAAUUACCUUACUCAAAUACGUGAUAUUCAAAGCAAUAAUUCAGAACAUUCAAUAAAAACAGUUGAUGAUUAUAGAAGUAAAAUAAAAUCAUGUAGUUUAAGCUGGGCAAUCGACAGUACAAAAUUUACAAAUGAUAUAUGUGACUUAAAUUUUACAGAAAGAAGAAGUGCUCAUUUGAAUUCAAUUAAGUCUGACGACAGAUUCGGAGAUAAUAACUUAAAUUCGCUAACACAUUUUUCAUCGGAAGAAAAUAAUAAUCUUAUUCAAUUAAAAAAGGAUAAUAAAAUAGUAAUGCAACUAGAUGGAGCGGAUGAUCAAGUUCCAAACAUUUUGAACGAAGGAAUAUCCAACAUAAGUUUAAAAAACUCAGUUAAAUGUAAUCGUUGCCAUUUCACUUACAGGACAUUAAAUUCCUUUCAAAGGCAUUUAACAAACUGUGAACAAAUUUCAACCAGUGAAAGUGAAACUGAUACUUCAUCCCGAUCACCAGAUUCUAAAAAUUCAAUGGUAGUUGUGGACGAUGGACUGAAUAUGGAAAACCUUCAAUUAUAUAAAAAUCAGUUUGAAACAAGUGUGAAACCAGACAAAAAUUUGAAAUCUUUCUCAAUGGAACCAAAUUAUCCACCGAAAGUUGACAAUACGGCAAGUUUUUGUGUUCAUAUUAAUGAAGAUUGUUUUUUGAGCCAUUGCGUUAAUACUGCGAAUAAUAGCAAUGAAAAAAAAGAAAAUAUUAUGAACAACGAAACCAAUAAUUUUAACUCAGAAACAAAAACUGAGCAAUCUAAAUUAUUUCAUGACGUUAAGGAGAACACAAUGUCUUCUUCAUUACAGAUCAAUAAAGCAGAAAAUGAUUUACAUGAUAAAAGCAAUUAUUAUUCAUUAAAUAACCAAAACUUAAUUUUUAGUGAACAAUACUCCCAACAGCACCCACAGCAACAAUUUUUCAUCAUACAACAAAAUGCUUCCAACAGUCAGCCCAUGUUGGUAAAUCAAGUACCGAAUGAGGUCUCAACAUUACCGCAAAAUAUUUUCCCGGUUGUACUUUCAAAUAAUUCAAUGCAGUAUGCAUCAGUUCCAUCUUUUACAAAUUCACUUGCCCCGUCAUCUAUCUGGCAGUCCGAUUACAAUGUUAUGUUAUCAGCAGGGCUACAAAUUUUGCCAAUACCAACUGUGCAACUUGUUUCCCCAACAUCUCAAUCAGUUGGACCUUUCAAUCUUCCACAAACCCUACAACUUGACUUAAAUCAAGUGUUAUUGGGUGCAGAUUCAACAGUGGACAUUAUACCGAAUACUAAUCCAUUGCUUUUAGCAUCACAACCACUGUUUUAUGGUUUGGAAACUAUUGUGCAAAAUACAGUUACGUCAUCACAACAAUUUAUUUCUACCGCAAUACAGGGUGUACUAAGCCAAAAUGCAAGUUUUUCUGCAACUACAACUCAGGUUUUCCAGUCCAGUAAAUUUGAGCCUGUAAAUGAUACAUCGCCGAAUAUUGUUGUUUUGAAUAAUAUUGAUGGAAGCGCCGUUAUCCUUCCACAAACGAACAUGUUGCCUGGUUUUUUACAUAUGAAUAGGACUCAAGACAUUCAAAAUUCUUAUAAGUCAGAUUUUGGACAAAUGAAUCCCCCAUAUCGACAGGAUACUAAUCAACAAUCCAAAGUGACCAACAUCUUUUCUCCAAUAGAAGCGUUACCUGAAAUCGCAAUCACUGAAGUCAAAGCACCCAGGAUUGAACUUCAAGACAACGUGUUGCUCAAAACAAGUUCCAACACACUUCCACCAACAAAAAUUAUAGUUCAAGACUCAAACCUUUUGUUUGAAAAAUGGUUAGGAAAGAGUACUCCCAAUGAAAAAGAAGAGCUUUAUGAUACAAAUGUCUCAAAAAUAAAGAGAAAUGUCGUUAAUGAAGGUUUUUUUUCUUAUGCUAAGAACCUAGAUCUUUUUGAAGUACAAAAUAAAUGCUCAGAAUUCUCUCAAGAAAUUUUAAAUCAUAAAGUACACAAAACUCCAAAAAGUAUAAAAGGAAAAAACAGUGUACUCUCUUUUUCACAAGUAGGUUUCAAAACAAUAUGCAAACAUAAACUAAAAAAAAAAAAUGAAUCAAAUCGGCCACAAUAUGAAUCUACAAUAAAAGAUAGUUCGGUUAACUGUUCUUCGAGCACUCAAAAUAUAAAUAUUAGAGAUUGUCCUAACAACCCUGAAACACAAAAUUCUAAAACGUAUCGUGUUUUUAAAGAAUCAAUGAAAUCAAUUCCAAUCUCAGUCACACGUAGUAGCGUAGAAAUGGAAAAGCCAGUUAAAUUGAGGUCAAUGAGUCUUGUGCAUUCAACGUCAUCAAUCGGAGGUAGUUUAAAAUAUAUGUCUACUAACAAAGAAAUACCAAUUCGACAACAAAAAAAAUGUAAUAAUAUAACAUCUCGUCCAACAAAUCGUGUUCUACCAAUGCAAUCGAUUCAUUCUGCAACACCAAAGCCUGCAUCUUUGGAAAAUGAAUUUUGUAAAAAAAAUGAAACUGUUGACAACAAAUUCGAAUACGUUAAACCAAUGAAAGAAGAUGUAAGGAGUACAGAUUCCACAAGUAACCUAGUGGCAAUUACUGACUAUUUGAGUACAAAAAAUUCACCGUCACAUAACAUCAAUCUUUUUAAGAAAACCGAUACUAAUGAAAACUCAGAGUUUAAAUAUGUGCAUACUUCAAACAUGAUGAAAAAUAAUAAUAAAGAAAGCUCUGUCGUUACUUUGGGUAAUGAAAAUUCGGUUGAGGCAAAUAUUUCUGAAAGCAAUGAUUUUAUAAAGACAUUAUCAAAUAUCUUUAAUAAUGAUUCGUCAGACAAAAUAGCUAGGACUAGAGUGGACAAAUACAUAAAAAGUGAGCGGCAAGAAAAAGGGGACUAUGAUACACAGCCUAUUUCAAUAGAUAAAAAUGAGGAAUUUAUUUUAAAAAAUGAUUUUGAAAUUUUAAAUAAAACUUUGAAAAGUUCUAUGUCAUCGAUUUCAAAAAUCCCCUACAAGCUUGAAGCCGAUCAACAAUCCAACGUGACCUUUGCUUCCAAAAAAGAUAUUACAGGUGAAACUAAUAAAAAUAAUAUAGAACCCUACUUAAUUUUUGAGAUCCAGAGUGAAGAUGGAUUUAGUUAUAAGUCGCAGUCCAUAUCUCAUGUAUGGGAAAAGGUUUUUGAAGAUGUUCAGAAUUCUCGUCGUGCACAUGGCCUACCUUUCUAUUCUAUUGGGUCUUUCGCUGACAUUUGUGGAGUACAAAUGUUAGGGUUAAAAACAAGCGCUCUAAAAUAUCUUAUAGAACAAUUACCCGGUAUAGAACAAUGCCAAAGGUAUACCCCGAAGUACCAUGAAAAUGAAGCUUCUAUUAAGCGUCCGAUAAUAUAUAAUGGAUACGGAAUGGAAACUUAUUCAAAAUAUCGAACGGCAGCACGGUGCGAGUCGUUUUCCAAGAGAUCGUCCUAUGAUAUUUUCAGUUGGUUGGCAUCGAAGCAUCGAAAGCAACCAAAGCAAAUUUUUGUUCAACCUUCUGAUACUGAGUUGAUAGCCAGAAGAUGUACUGCAAAUUUACCAAUGGCUAUGAAAUACAGAACAUUAAAAGAAACAUGCAAGCAAAAUGUUGGUGUCUUUCGGUCCCUUAUCCAUGGUCGUGGUCUGUUUUGCGUAAAAGAUAUGGAAGCUGGAGAAAUGGUUAUUGAGUAUGCCGGAGAACUUAUCAGGUCAACUUUAGCAGAUAAGCGAGAAAGAUUCUACGACAGUAAGGAAAUCGGGUGCUACAUGUUCAAAAUUGACGAACAAUUUGUAGUUGAUGCCACGAUGAGAGGCAAUGCGGCCCGAUUCAUAAACCACUCCUGCGAGCCGAACUGUUAUUCAAAAGUGGUGGAUAUUCUUGGACACAAACAUAUCAUUAUAUUUUCUAUCAGACGAAUAGUACAAGGAGAGGAGUUAACCUAUGACUAUAAAUUUCCAUUUGAAGAUCUAAAAAUUCAUUGCUACUGUGCAUCAAAAAAAUGUAGAAAAUACUUGAACUAACUAAUUUUAUUAAGUUUUAGAUAUAACUAUAAGUUAAUUUUAAACUAGUGUGGUGGGCUCUUAUAUCUGUAAAAGAAAUAAAAUCUCCAUUUUACCGAAAACAUAACUUAAAAUGACAAAAAUUAACAAAUUUGUACUAAAGAUUCAUAAUACUAAUAUAUUGAACUUUGAAACUUGGGUUUGAAUCUAUUUUAAGACAAAAAUCUAGAUGAACUUCAACUUAAAUGUGAUGAAGCGAUUUACUAAAUUAUUUUUAUAAGAAUUGAUGAACAAAUCAGAUUUACUGCUCAGAAUCAUAAUAACAUUUUGGCACAAAAACAAACUCGAAGUUUUAAGAAAUUAAUUUAAAAAAAAAAGUUUGAAACAAUAUUUAUUUAAUGUUGAAUUUCGCACAAAUAAAAAAUCAAAUCAAGGCUCUUCUAUGACGCAUUUUCAAGACUUUGGUCUUGCA